AUCAGGUAUACAUCUGAUCCUUUACCAUCGUCGAACACCUUCGGCCAUGGAUCUGCUCUUCCUCGAGAAGGCGCUCCUGGCCCUCUUCUCCGCCGUCACCCUCGCCAUCGUCGUCUCCAAGCUCCGCGGAAAGCACUUCAAGCUGCCCCCGGGGCCCCUCCCGGUACCCGUCUUCGGGAACUGGCUCCAGGUUGGCGACGACCUCAACCACCGGAAUCUCACCGCCCUCGCCAAGCGAUUCGGCGACAUCUUCCUCCUCCGCAUGGGCAUCCGCAACCUGGUGGUGGUCUCAUCGCCGGAUCUCGCCCGGGACGUGCUCCACGCGCAGGGCGUCGAGUUCGGAUCCCGCACCCGCAACGUGGUCUUCGAUAUCUUCACUGGCAAGGGGCAGGACAUGGUGUUCACCGUAUACGGUGACCACUGGCGCAAGAUGAGGCGGAUCAUGACGGUACCCUUCUUCACCAACAAGGUUGUCCAGCAGAACCGACAGGGUUGGGAAGAGGAGGCCCGGCUGGUGGUGGAGGAUGUUAAGAAAGACCCCAAGGCAGCCACCGAGGGUGUGGUUCUCCGCCGCCGGCUGCAGCUUAUGAUGUACAACAACAUGUAUCGGAUCAUGUUUAACUUCCGCUUCCAGAGCAUGGACGAUCCGCUCUUUAACAAGCUCAAAGCCGCCAAUGGUGAACGCAGUCGCCUUGCGCAGAGCUUCGAAUACAACUACGGCGACUUCAUUCCCAUUCUCAGACCCUUCCUCAGGGGUUACCUCAAGAAAUGCCAAGAGCUCAAGGACAACCGCCUCAAGCUCUUCGAUGAUCACUUCGUUUCUGAGAAGAAGAAGCUGAUGGACAAAUUGGGAUCAAAGUUAGAGCUCAACUGCGCUAUUGAUCACAUCUUAGAUGCUGAGAGGAAGGGAGAAAUUAAUUAUGACAAUGUUCUGUACAUCGUCGAGAACAUCAACGUUGCUGCCAUCGAGACGACAUUGUGGUCGAUUGAGUGGGGCGUGGCUGAGCUGGUGAACCACCCGGAGAUCCAGUGCAAACUCUGGGCUGAGCUGGACACUGUGUUGGGUGAGGGUGUGCCGAUCACGGAGCCGGACAUCCAAAGGCUGCCCUACUUGCAGGCAGUUAUCAAGGAGACCCUCCGACUGCGGAUGGCCAUCCCCUUGCUUGUCCCCCACAUGAACCUUCACGAUGCCAAGCUUGGUGGCUACGACAUCCCUGCCGAGAGCAAGAUUCUGGUCAAUGCCUGGUGGCUCGCCAACAACCCUGUCCACUGGAAGAACCCCGAGGAGUUCCGACCAGAACGGUUUUUGGAGGAGGAGGCCAAGGUGGAGGCAAACGGCAAUGACUUCCGGUACUUGCCCUUUGGUGUCGGCCGUCGUAGCUGCCCUGGCAUCAUCCUCGCCCUCCCCAUCCUCGGCGUUACCCUGGGCCAGCUAGUGCAGAAUUUCCAUUUGUUACCGCCGCCAGGAACGAACAAGGUGGACACCACCGAGAAAGGCGGGCAGUUCAGCCUCCACAUCCUCAAGCAUUCCACCAUAGUCUGCAAGCCCAGGGCGUGAUGUUGUAUCUGUUUGGAAUUCCUUCACACAUGGAUUCAGAGAUGUUAUUUAGUGUGUUAUUUGACGUUCUUUCCCAAGUCCCUGAUACUUGUAAACCCCUUCCACAUGUAAGACCAAGUUUUAAAGUGUAACUCAUGGACAAGUGGCGUCCAGGUUACUGUCA